AGGGGUGUGGUCUGAGGGGGGGGAGGGCUGAGGAGGAGGAUGAGAGGGGUAUAUAGCCGGCCCCUCCAGGAAAGUUGCCUCCAACUUGCCUCCUGAGGAUUUGAAGCCUUUUCGCUCGUUGGGUCCCGUCAACAGGGUUGUCGUCUUCACCUUGAGUCAUGGCCUCUGCUGGAUUCCAGAUCAUGGGCAUGGCCCUGACAGUGGUGGGCUGGAUCGGGACCAUCAUAACCUGUGCCCUGCCCAUGUGGAAAGUCUCUGCUUUCAUUGGCAACAACAUUGUCGUGGCACAGAUCACCUGGGAAGGGCUGUGGAUGAACUGCGUGGUGCAAAGCACUGGGCAGAUGCAGUGCAAGGUCUACGACUCCAUGCUGGCCCUUUCUCAGGAUGUGCAGACAGCCCGUGCCCUGAUGGUCAUCUCUGUGCUCCUGGCUGCUCUGGCUCUGAUGGUUGCCAUCGUGGGGGCCAAGUGCACCAACUGCGUUGAAGACGAGGACACCAAGGCCCGCAUAAUGAUUGUCUCUGGCGCAGUCUUCAUAGUGGCAGGGAUCCUUUGCCUCAUCCCCGUGUGCUGGUCAGCCAACACCAUCGUCCGCGAGUUCUACAACCCGAUGGUGAUCGACGCCCAGAAGAGGGAGCUGGGAGCUGCCCUUUACAUCGGCUGGGCAUCUUCUGCCUUGUUGAUUCUCGGAGGAGCUCUGCUCUGCUGCAAUUGCCCCAAGAAGGAGAGCAACAACUACAGCGCCCGGUACACAGCUGCUGCCUCUCAGCCCCACAGCGAUUACCCCAGCAAGAACUACGUCUAGGAACGCCACCUCAAGAAAACAAAGCUGUCAUCAUUGCCAUCCUGAAGCUCACUACUGCUUGGGUCCCCUUUGGAGGAGCCGAGAUGCAUCCCUACUGGGGCUCUGCACAGAUAAUAUCCAUCCAUCCAAAGAACAGAACAUCUGAUAGUCCCAUGACUUCCUAACGUGCUUGUCCCAUCAGUAUUUUCCCCCACCCCCAAAUGUUACCACUACAUUAUUGUACAGACUUGCCCUACGGAAGUCAGAGCUCUGCUUCUAGAGAACAUUUUCUACUCUUAACUGGUUCUCCUCGAUGUAGGUAGAAGAGGUGCUGGACCUCGGGGUGG